AUGCGCGCCGGGGGCGCGGACUGGCUCGCCGAGCUGCUGCUGGCCCUCGGCUGGCUGCUCCUGGUGGGCCUGCAGGCGUCGCAGGCAGCGAAUGUCACCGUGGCCCAGGAAUCCGGCGUGGUCCGCGAGGCCGAGAACGAGAGCGAAGUGGACGAGGAGGCCGAGAACGACAAUGAUGUGCCCGAGAAUGAGACUCCGGCCGAGCCCGAGGAAGAGGGUGAGGUUCAGAACAAAACAGUAGUCAAAGAAGUCGAAUUUGGAAUGUGCACAGUGACCUGUGGUGUUGGAAUCAGAGAAGUUAUUUUAACCAAUGGAUGCCCUGGAGGUGAAUCCAAGUGUAUUGUUCGUGUGGAAGAAUGCCGUGGACCUGUUGAUUGUGGCUGGGGAAAACCAAUUUCUGAAAGCCUCGACAGUGUUAGACUGUCAUGUGUUCAUAUAUCUCCCGAAAAUCGCUUCAAAUAUCUGUGGAAGCUUCUAAAGUCAGAUCAACAACCUGUUAUACUUUCAAAUGAUUCAGCAGUCCUUGACAUACAAAGAGAACUUCAUCCCAUGGCUUUCGAGUGUGACACCCUGGACAAUAAUGAAAUAGUAGCCUCUAUCAAGUUCACAGUCUAUACAACAAGUGAACUACAGAUGAGAAGGACAAUCAGGCCAGACACUGAUGCAGUCCUAGUUUUCGUGCUGACCAUAGGAGUCAUUAUCUGCAUAUUUGUGAUCUUUGUAUUGAUCUUCAUCAUCAUAAAUUGGGCGGCAGUGAAAUCCUUCUGGGGGGCAAAAGCCUCAGCCACUGAGAUACACUCCGAGAUGAGUUCUAUGAAGUACAAAGAUUCGACUUCUCUUGAUCAAUCACCAACAGAUAUGCCUGGACAUGAAGAUGAUGCUUUAAGUGAAUGGAAUGAAUAA